AUGCGCUAUCUUGCAACUGCCACAGUUUUGGCUGGAGUGGGCCUGGCCUCGGCCUAUACUGUCCCAGCUAACCUACAGCAAAUCUACAACAAACACAAGACCGGAACAUGCCAGAACAAGCUGCAGGACGGCUUUUCCGACGGCAUCAGCGGCUCCAGCUCCUUCGCCUACUGCGGCGAUAUUGAGGGGGCCAUCUUCCUUCACAGCUCCGCAAACGGCGGCCAAUACGAUAACAUGGACAUCGACUGCGAUGGAGCGAACAACAGUGCUGGCGACUGCGCCAAUGACCCCUCCGGCCAGAGCAUGACGGCGUUCAUGGAUACCGUGAAGCAAUACGGCAUUUCGGAUCUGGACGCCAAUAUCCAUCCAUACGUGGUGUUUGGGAACUCUGGCAGCUCGCCGACCUUUGAUCCUCAGCAGUAUGGAAUGGAGCCGCUAAGCGUGAUGGCAGUGGUGUGCAAUAACCAACUGUUUUAUGGUGUCUGGGGUGAUACCAACGGUGGAACCUCUACCGGGGAGGCCUCCAUCUCGCUGGCCAAGCUGUGCUUUCCCAAUGAUGGAAUCACAGGUGAUAACGGCCACGGGGAGGAGGAUGUGCUCUACAUUGGUUUUAUGGGACAGGAUGCUGUCCCUGGUGCUAGUGCUGCCUGGACUGCUCGCGACACUGAGACUUUUGAGGAGAGUAUCAAGGCCUUGGGUGAUCGCCUUGUCGCUAAGCUUAGUGCGUAA